GGGGCGCAUGUGAGUCCCCUCUCCACACACACACACACACACACACACAGUCACUCGGCGCUCCGCUCCGCUAAAGAUGUGAAAAUGGCGGAGCUACAAAUGCUUCUGGAAGAGGAGAUCCCAGCAGGACGAAGCGCACUAUUAGACAGUUUCACCAAUUUGGAAAGAGUCGCGGAGUACUGCGAGAGCAACUAUGUCCAGUCUCCAGACAAGCAGAGAGCGCUGGAGGAGACCAAGAACUACACCACCCAGUCUCUGGCCAGCGUAGCCUACCUGAUCAACACGCUGGCCAACAAUGUCCUGCAGAUGCUCGACAUCCAGGCGUCGCAGCUCCGCCGCAUGGAGUCCUCCAUCAACCACAUCUCACAGACGGUGGACAUCCACAAAGAGAAGGUCGCCCGGCGGGAGAUUGGCAUCCUCACCACCAACAAGAACACAUCCCGCACACACAAGAUCAUCGCCCCGGCCAAUCCCGAGAGGCCUGUGCGCUACAUUCGCAAGCCCAUCGACUACAGCAUGCUUGACGACAUGGGCCACGGAGUCAAGUGGUUGCAAAGGUUUAAGGCCAGCGCUCAGAACAUGAAGGCAGGAGGAGGAGGUGGACUCCCUCGCACCAACCCCCCUACACAGAAGCCCCCCAGCCCACCCAUGUCGGGGAAAGGCACCCUUGGGCGCCACUCCCCCUAUAGGACGCUUGAGCCGGUGCGUCCACCCGUUGUCCCUAACGACUACGUCUCGAGCCCGACGCGCAACAUGGCGCACCCCCAGCAGAGCCCUGCACGCACUGCAUCCGUUAAUCAGAGGAAUCGCACGUACAGCAGUGGGAGCAGCGGAGGCAGCCACCCCAGCAGCAGCCGCAGCAGCAGCCGAGAGAACAGCGGCAGUGGCAGCGUGGGAGUGCCCAUCGCCGUGCCGACUCCAGCCCCGCCCAACGCCUUCCCAGUUUCAGUCCCCGCCCCAUCCAACCCAGCUAAACCUACCCCCAACACUGCUACCACACCUGGACCCCCCACUUCUGCCCUAGACGGCCCCCCACAGCCCCCUAACCCCCCUGUAGAGAUCCCGCCUGUACCCCCGCCCCCUCCCCAGCUCCCUGCCUCUGCGGCCCCCACCGGCACAGGCCCCACUCCUUACGGCAACCCCGCACAAGGUGCUCCCCAGUUCUACAGCAUGAACCGCCCGGCACAGCCGCCCCAGAACCAGCAGGUGGGAGGCUCGCUGCCGUACCGCCGACCCUCGUCGGUCACCGGUCAGCCCAACGUGGCCCACAACCAGAGCCAGCUCAACGGUGGACCGCACUUUGCCCAGAACCAAGCCGGCCCGCUCGCGCCCCCUCCCCCCUCCAUGCAGAUCACCCCUCAGCUGCCUCUGAUGGGCUUUGUGGCCCGAGUUCAGGAGACCAUCUCAGACGUGCCGCCUCCGCCUCCACCCGCAGAGGAGCCGGUGUUUGAGGAGCCCACACCACCUCCUCCUCCGCCGGAGGACUACGAGGACGAUGAGGAUGAAGAAGAGUCGGCGGUGGUGGAGUACAGCGACCCGUAUGCCGAAGAGGACCCGCCGUGGGCUCCACGCAGCUACCUGGAGAAAGUGGUCGCCAUCUACGACUACGCUCGCGACAAGGAGGACGAGCUGUCAUUCCAGGAAGGCGCCAUCAUCUACGUGAUCAAGAAGAACGACGACGGCUGGUACGAGGGUGUGAUGAACGGGACCACGGGCCUUUUCCCUGGCAACUACGUCGAGUCCAUCAUGCACUACGCCGACUGAACAAUCCCCUCCAACUCUGAGCGGAUGAGGGAGGAGCAUUUUGAUGGGGAAGGGAAAGGGGAGGGGAGGGUUAAAGGUCAAAGACUUUGAUCAGACAGAGCAUGAUCACCUCUGGGCGAAAAGAGAGAGAAGAGGAAGCAGUUUUUAAAGAAGUUGACAAACUGAUGCCCAGUCGCUCUCUCGACAUAGGCGCCAUUGUAAAACAACCACUACUCUAGAUAUAUCCUUCCCUGUAAUAUUUCUUUCUUUUCUUUAUUUGACUGAGGAGAACCGAGCGGUGAUGGAUUUGUUCAGUUUUUUUGUUACAUUACGAGGCCACUACAUUGAUUUUGAUUUUGCUUCUUUUUAUUUUUGCUUUGUGUUACCAAUUUGCCCUUAUUUUAACAAUAUUUAUUUGGAUUUAGUAGUGGGAUAAAUGGUGGAGCAGGUAGACGGAGGCCGCCGAGAGCGUUUCCGUCUCGGAGAAAGGGCUGGAGGAGAUUGCCUUCAUGUGUAGAUUUUUCUCCUUAACACUCCAGAGACAUUUUAGAGAGAAAUACUAAAGUAUAAUGCAACAACAAUAUCCUCAGCAGGGGGGUGGGGGUGGGGGGGACAAACAAACACUAGUUUCCGUACUUGACAAAGUAUUUGGUUAGGUACCUCAGCGGGGUGGGGGAGUGUGCCAAAGCUGACAUUCGCUAGGAUAAGCACAUCAAAUGUCUUAAGGUGAAACACGAAAGCUAGAGAUAAAAAGUGGGUCCGAGAAGACGUCUGAAAGGAAAGGAAACGGAAAGUUAAUUAGAUUUUUUUCACGCCACACAACCUGGAUCACGUCCAGUCACUACUAUGCGCUUCACUUUGCCGGCCAGUGUGCAUUUUUUUUAACGAGAGAAGGAAUCGUCAUCCAGCCCUUGAAUAAAGAAAGAGGGGAAAGCGAGACCCUCGACUGCACAACGACCUGGAUUUUGAAGUCUUACUCUGCAGCUCCUGUCAUGAAUAAUAGAAGAAUAUUAGCUCGACUGGAGAGGCUAAUCAUUUGCAGUGUUCAUACGCAUUCAAGACUUUCUUUUUUUUAUUUCCGGCGUUUUAUUAUUAAAGGGCCCAGAAUUGAGUUUUGCUUGCAGAGCGGCAGACUGCAUGUUUCGACGAGGAAAAAAAAAAUCUUUUCUGCUCUACUGACGAUUAAUGUCUUAAUAUUUUUAGAUAUGGUGUGGUUUGGUUUUUGAUAUUCACCCACAACAACAACGACAACUACAACGAUGCAUUUAGGUCAUUUCUAAGAUGCUUGUGCCAUAUUGAAGUGUGUGUUGCUGUCCACAGGUCAUCACUUCAUUUGCAAUAAAUUGGCCGACUCAAGCGUGGGGGGGGUGGGUGGAAGUGCCGUUGAACUACAAAUCUUUAUUUUUUCUUUUUCCCCCUGAAUUGUUUUAAAUCAAAAAGCACAUACAUUUGUAGUUUAAAAAAAAAGGUGUAGAAGAAGAAAUAUUAUAAAUGUGAGAUGUAUUAUGUCCUCAAAAAAAGGACUUAUUGAAUAUGAAAAGAAGCCAGCUGUUGUGUUGAAAUGGUUUUAACCGUCGCAAGCCCCCGAUACUUCUUAAACGCCGUCGGUUUAGGCGUCGUUCGUCCUCCGUAAAAGUUUCCAAUACGCUUGGCUGUUGGGUGUUUGCGAGGGGCUCAGUGCUUGUACUUAUGUCAGAAUCUUUAUUUUCUAUUAAAAAACAAAAAAAAAACAAAGAAAUAAUAACAAAGUGGGUCUGUAUGUGAGUCUUGCAUGCCAUUGUUCUUAUCUGUACUGGUGUCCCAAAAAAAACCUUUGUGGCGAGAUCACCCAUUCUUAAAAAGACAAGCAGCCCUGCAGCUCUGACCAGGUACCACCAGCCUCAUCCAAAGAGACUGUACAACUUAAUCCAAGCCCACGUCCGAGGAGAUCUGAGGGGAAGGAGGGGAUGGGAGGGACCCGGCUUCCUCCCUCUCCUCCUUUUUUUUAAUGACAUUAGCCGUCAUUACGUCAGUGGUGGAUAAAAAUCACAUGUAAGCUGCUAGUGAAUCCUGCGGACAGAGAACAGGCUGGGCAUGAUAGAUGUAACACUCUUCAUAACACUCAUAGGAUGUCACUAAAAAAUGAAAAUAAAAUGAAAGGCGCUUUGGUCUGCAGGAUUCACAGCUCCCUGGAGUUCACAGACGUCCCUCGGGAUGUCAAGUUUAACAGUCCAUAAUGCCAUUGUGUUGCACAGUUAAAGUUGAAUUGCAGAAGUAUCAUAUUUGUAAAAUCAUGAGAACAAAGACAAUAAAAUUAUUAAGAUUUA